AGAAUAACAGUAACACACUUCCGGCGGAAACAACCGGUCAGCUGCGUUGCAUUUACUUGCCGCUUCCUGGUUCUGUCAAGAGAUCGUUUUUUCGCAUCAUUUCAUGUAAAUGAAAUCAUUUUAUCGCUUUAUUCGGUAGUCUUUAACAGGAAUAAAACAUUAAAAGACAGCUUGUUUGGACCACCGCCGCGACAAUGAACACAGAGAAGGACUUUUCGCCAUUGACGCCCAACAUCGUAAGGGCUCUCAAUGAUAAACUGUACGAGAAGAGGAAAGUAGCGGCACUGGAAAUCGAGAAACUGGUACGGGAGUUCGUGGCUCAAAACAACUCCACGCAGAUCCGUCACGUGAUUCAAAUUCUGGCCUCGGAGUUUGCGCUUUCUCAGCACCCGCACAGCCGCAAAGGGGGGCUGAUAGGCCUGGCUGCUUGCUCCAUCGCGUUGGGGAAGGACUCUGGUUUGUAUCUGAAAGAGCUAAUUGAGCCUGUACUUACUUGUUUUAAUGACUCGGACAGCCGUUUGCGUUACUACGCAUGCGAGGCUCUGUAUAACAUCGUUAAGGUGGCCAGGGGGGCUGUUCUGCCCCAUUUUAACCUGCUUUUUGAUGGACUCAGUAAGCUUGCAGCAGACCCGGACCCCAAUGUCAAGAGCGGGUCCGAGCUUCUGGACCGACUCCUGAAAGACAUUGUGACAGAAAGCAACAAGUUCGACUUAGUUGCGUUUGUCCCUUUGCUUCGGGAGCGAAUUUAUUCCAACAAUCAAUAUGCCCGACAGUUCAUCAUCUCCUGGAUUCACGUUCUGGAGUCGGUACCCGAUAUCAACUUACUUGACUACCUCCCGGAAAUCCUUGACGGUCUUUUUCAGAUCUUAGGCGACAACAGCAAGGAGAUCCGCAGAACCUGCGAAGUGGUUCUCGGGGAGUUCCUGAAAGAGAUUAAGAAAACGCCGUCCAGUGUGAAGUUUGCAGAGAUGGCCAACAUCCUGGUUAUACACUGUCAGGUAGCGGAUGAGGCCAAGAUCACCAAUGAUCUCAUCCAGCUGACGGCCAUGACUUGGAUGAGGGAGUUCAUCCAGCUUGCGGGACGAGUAGUUCUGCCGUAUUCCUCCGGUAUCCUCACCGCCGUACUUCCUUGCCUUUCGUACGACGACAGGAAGAAGAACACGAAAGAAGCUGCGAGCGCCUGCAACCACAGCCUCAUGAAACUUGUCACCCCUGAAGAUGAUGAUGAUGAUGACGAGGACGAGAAGAGCACCGAGUCCCCGUCCAGAGAAGAUAGUCUCAGCAAGGCGGAGCCCGACAGCGGCGAUACGCUCAACGCAUCACAGGGAACUGUCAGUUUUAGCAAUAUUAGCUUCUUCGCUCCGGCGAGCACCGACAGAUCUCAGGUGACUCUGGACCUGGAUGGAAUCGUGCAGGUGUUGGACCGCCAUCUCCAUGACACCUCCACCGGUAUGAUGACCCGCAUCGCCGUGCUCAAGUGGCUGUACCAUCUCUAUAUUAAGACGCCGCGUAAAAUGUUCCGCCACACGGAUAGCCUGUUCCCGAUGCUGCUCAAGACGCUGUCAGACGAGUCAGAUGAGGUGAUACUUAAAGAUCUGGAGGUCUUAGCAGAGAUUGCAUCUUCUCCAGCCGGACAGACGGAUCUAACAGUCACCUGCGAUGGUGUGGAGCUCAAGGUGCCAGAUGGUAGCAAGCCAGGCGCCAAAACAUCCGAAUCCUCCCCGUCGACCCCUAGCAUGAACUCGUACUUCUACAAGUUCAUGAUCAACCUUCUGAAACGUUUCAGCACCGAGAGGAAGCUCCUGGAGAGCAGAGGCGCUUUCAUUAUCCGCCAGCUCUGCUUGCUGCUCCACGCCGAGAACAUCUUCCACUCCAUGGCGGAUAUCCUGCUUAAGGAGGAAGACCUCAAGUUCGCUUCCACUAUGGUGCAGACGCUCAACACCAUCCUGCUCACAUCCGCUGAGCUCUUCCAGUUGCGUAAUCAGCUGAAAGAUCUACGCACGGCGGAGAGCUGCUCGCUCUUCUGCUGCCUGUACCGAUCCUGGUGCCACAACCCCGUCGCCACCGUGUCGCUCUGUUUCCUCACGCAGAACUACCAACACGCGUAUGAUCUCAUUCAGAAGUUCGGCGAUCUGGAGGUGACGGUGGACUUCUUAAUGGAAGUGGACAAGCUGGUGCAGCUCAUCGAGAGUCCCAUCUUCACGUACCUGCGCCUGCAGCUGCUGGAUGUGGAGAACAACCCCUACCUGAUCAAGGCUCUCUACGGCCUCCUCAUGCUCCUCCCUCAGAGCCAGGCCUUCCAGCUGCUCUCGCAUCGCCUGCAGUGCGUCCCCAACCCGGAGCUCAUGAGGACGGUGGACGAGUCCAAGUACAUGGACGCCAAGCGCAAGCCCGCCGCCAAGUGGGCAUCGCAGGCCCAAGUGGAUUACGCCGAACUCCUGCUGCAUUUCGACAGCGUGCAGAGCAAACACCUGGAAGUGCGGCACCAACGUUCCGGACGGGCGUCCGAGCUGCCUGACCGGAAGCUGAUGUGAGGCAGAAACCACAAAGUGUUAAUUAACUAACAUAAUGGAGCUUACACUGUAAUAAGAAUGUUAUGUAAAUACACUCAUUUCAACUCAGAUUAAUUCACGAUUAAUGAAGUACUGAUUUUUUAAUUUAUUUAAAAUCAUACAAUAAAUUAAAUAUAUUAUAUGAGUUUGAUCUUCAAUGUUUAUUAUUGAGAGCUCUUUCUAUUUUCAAUUAUAAUAUUAGUAUUAUUGUACACUGUGCUUGAAAAAAACAGCUCACGGUAUGAUGCAAUACAAUCUGAUCAUGUGACUUCCUGUCAGGAGGUGUAUUUAUAUGUAUGAAUUUUUUUCUUUCAUUUCAAGUGAAACACAUUUCAUGCUACAUAGUCCUUGUGAAAGCACAUUAUUGUAUUGACACGGUGUCAUGGCGACGACGAUGCUGUAUUGUCAUGUGAGCCGCAUGCAAAAGCUCACAUGUUCGAGAGCUUUGACGUAGUUGGAUUUUUUUUUUUUUUUUUAAAUCUCUUGCAUACAUUCUUGGUAUGCCGUUUGUUGUUACAUAUCUUUCUUGCUACUGCAGCUAAGCUAACAACCGCUAACUACAAUAUAUGUUUCUUCAAGGCACUGUGUUGGAUAUCAGUGAUGUGAAAAAUCAUUAAUAAAGUCAACACGGUGAACAUGUGUUU